CCACCUACCUCCACGCCGCUCCAGAAGGGGCUCGCAGAGCUGAGGACUCGCACUGCGUUGCUCCAGGUCUCUCUCUCCGCACCUCCACAGGCCGGCAUCUCACGCGGGUGCCAGGGGCUCCGGGCACCUUUCAGUGUCCCUUCCCGCGGCCAGCGGAGACUCCGCAACCCAGCCACUGCCUCCGCGGCCAUCGCCCGAGGGAACCUGCGGACAGGACGCGGACAGGAGAAGGGUGCGCAGCGCCCGCCGCGCAGAGCGUCUCCCCAGCUGCGCAGGAGACCUGGGCCUCCCGGCCCCUGACCCCACCCCCGCAGCUGCCUUGCUAGGUGUAUGGGACUGAAGUUCUUGGAGAAGAGAGUCCAAGUCUUCAAGGUGAACUAUGACCACUUUACUCUUCGUUUUUGUGACUCUGAGGGUCAUCACUGCAGCCAUCUCAAUAGAAGUUUCAGACCAUGACAACUCACUGAGUGUGAGCAUCCCCCAGCCAUCCCCGCUGAAGGUCCCCCUGGGGACCUCCCUCACCAUCCCCUGCUAUUUCAUCGACCCCAUGCACCCUGUGACCACUGCCCCCUCCACCGCCCCCCUCGCCCCAAGAAUCAAGUGGAGCCGCAUUUCCAAGGAGAAGGAGGUGGUUCUGCUGGUGGCCACUGAAGGGCGUGUGCGGGUCAACAACGCCUACCAAGACAAGGUCUCCUUGCCCAACUACCCGGCCAUCCCCAGCGAUGCCACCUUGGAAAUCCAGAACCUGCGUUCCAAUGACUCUGGGAUCUAUCGCUGUGAGGUGAUGCAUGGCAUUGAGGACAGUGAGGCCACCUUGGAAGUCGUGGUGAAAGGUAUCGUGUUCCAUUACAGAGCCAUAUCCACACGCUACACCCUCGACUUCGACAGGGCACAGCGGGCUUGCCUGCAAAACAGUGCCAUCAUUGCCACACCCGAGCAGCUGCAGGCUGCCUAUGAGGACGGCUUCCACCAGUGCGACGCCGGCUGGCUGGCCGACCAGACUGUCAGGUACCCCAUCCACAUUCCCCGGGAAGGCUGCUAUGGAGACAAAGAUGAAUUUCCUGGUGUGAGGACCUACGGCGUCCGAGACACCAACGAGACCUAUGACGUGUACUGCUUCGCUGAGGAGAUGGAGGGUGAGGUCUUCUAUUCAACAUCUCCCGAGAAGUUCACCUUCCAGGAGGCAGCCAAUGAGUGCAGACGGUUGGGUGCCCGGCUGGCCACCACAGGCCAGCUCUACUUGGCCUGGCAGAGCGGCAUGGACGUGUGCAGUGCCGGCUGGCUGGCCGACCGCAGUGUGCGCUAUCCCAUCUCCAAGGCCCGGCCCAACUGCGGGGGCAACCUCCUGGGUGUGAGGACCGUCUACCUGCACGCCAACCAGACAGGCUACCCCGAUCCCUCAUCCCGAUACGACGCCAUCUGCUACACAGGUGAAGACUUUGUGGACAUUCCAGAAAACUUCUUCGGGGUGGGGGGCGAGGAGGAUAUCACCAUCCAGACAGUGACCUGGCCGGAUGUGGAGCUACCGCUGCCGCAAAACAUCACCGAGGGUGAAGCCCGAGGCAACGUGAUCCUCACAGUGAAACCCAUCUUCGACGUCUCCCCCACUGUCCUGGAGCCUGAAGAGCCUUUCACAUUUGCCCCUGACAUAGGGGCCACCCUCUUUCCUGAGACCGAGACCAGGACUAGAGAGGCCACCAGGCCUUGGAGCUUUCCUGAGGAAUCCACAUCUGGCCUGGAUUCUGUCAUAGCCUACACCAGCCAGGACCUGGUCGUGCAGGUGACGGCUGUCCCAGGUGCAGUGGAGGUCCCUGGGCAGCCACGCUUGCCAGGUGCGGUCGUGUUCCAUUAUCGCCCGGGCCCCAGCCGCUACUCUCUGACCUUCGAGGAGGCACAAGAGGCCUGCCUGCGCACCGGGGCGGUCAUUGCCUCGCCGGGGCAGCUCCAGGCCGCCUACGAAGCAGGCUACGAGCAGUGUGACGCUGGCUGGCUGCAAGACCAGAGUGUCCGAUACCCCAUUGUGAGCCCACGGACCCCAUGUGUGGGUGACAAGGAUAGCAGUCCUGGGGUCAGGACCUAUGGCGUCCGUCCAUCAUCAGAGACCUAUGACGUCUACUGCUACGUGGACAAACUUGAGGGAGAGGUGUUCUUCGCUACGCGCCCGGAGCAGUUCACCUUCCAGGAAGCACUAGAGUUCUGUGUCUCCCACAAUGCCACGCUGGCCUCCACCGGCCAGCUCUAUGCCGCCUGGAGCCGUGGCCUGGACAAGUGCUAUGCCGGCUGGCUGGCUGAUGGCAGCCUCCGUUACCCCAUUGUCACCCCACGGCCCGCCUGCGGCGGGGACAAGCCAGGUGUGAGAACUGUCUACCUCUAUCCCAACCAGACGGGCCUCCCAGAUCCGCUAUCCCGGCACCACGCCUUCUGCUUCCGAGGUGUCUCAGCAGUGCCCUCACCAGGAGAAGAGGAGGGAGGUACAGUCACAUCGCCCACUGAUGUGGAAGACCGGAUUGCUACCCAGUUGGUGCCUGGAGUGGAUGCUAUCCCCUCUGGGGAGGAGACAACUGCUGUCCCCUUGAGAGAGGAGACAACCGCAGAGAUGACCGCAAUCCCAGACUUCACCACUGAGCCAGAAAAACAAACAGAAUGGGAACCAGCCUACACCCCAGUGGGCACAUCCCUACUGCCAGGGGUCCCUCCUACAUGGCAUCCUACUGGUGUAGCAACAGAGGAAAGCACAGAAGGCCCUUUUGCAACUGAACUGCCCUCUGCCUCAGAGGAGCCAUCACCCUCACAGAAGCCAUCUCCCUCAGAGGAGCCAUAUACACCUUCACUUCCAGUGCCUAGUGGAACUGACCUGCCUGGCUCUGGAGAGGUAUCUGGAGCCCCUGACAUCAGUGGUAACUUCACAGGCAGUGGAGAAGUCUCAGGACACUUUGACUUCAGUGGGCAGCCUUCAGGGGUCACUGCAAGUGGCCUGCCCUCUGGAGACCUUGACUCUAGUGGUCUCACCUCCACAGUGGGCUCAGGCCUACCUGUGGAAAGUGGAUUGGCCUCAGGAGAUGAAGAAAGAAUUGAGUGGUCUAGCACUCCUAAAGUCAGUGGGCUUCCUUCCGGAGAAAGUCUAGAGACUUCUGCUUCUGGGGUAGGGGACCUCAGUGGGCUUUCUUCUGGAGGAGAAGGUCUAGAGACUUCUGCCUCUGGGGUAGAGGACCUUAGCAGGCUUCCUUCUGGAGAAGUUCUAGAGACUUCUGCUUCUGGUGUAGGGGACCUCAGUGGAGUUCCUUCUGGAGAAGUUCUAGAGACUUCUGCCUCGGGAGUAGGGGAUCUCAGUGGGCUUCCUUCUGGAGAAAUUCCAGAAACUUCUGCCUCUGGAGUAGGGGACCUCAGCAGAUUUCCUUCUGGAGAAAUUCCAGAAACUUCUGCUUCUGGAGUAGGAGACCUCAGUGGACUUCCUUCUGGAGAAGUUCUAGAAACUUCUGCUUCUGGAGUAGGGGACCUUGAUGGACUUCCUUCUGGAGAAGUUCUAGAAACUUCUGCUUCUGGAGUAGAGGGCCUUGAUGGACUUCCUUCUGGAGAAGUUCUAGAAACUUCUGCCUCUGGAGUAGGGGACCUCAGUGGACUUCCUUCUGGAGUUCUAGAAAUUUCAGCCUCUGGAGUAGGGGACCUCAGUGGGCUUCCUUCUGGUGAAGUUCUAGAGACUUCUGCCUCUGGAGUAGAUGUCAGCAGGCUUCCUUCUGGAGGAGAAAGUCUAGAGACUUCUACCUCUGGAGUAGGGGAUGAUCUCAGUGGACUUCCUUCUGGAAGGAAAGACCUAGAGACCUCAGUUUCUGGAGCUGAGGACCUCAGUGGGUUGUUCUCAGGAAAAGAAGACUUGGAAGGUUCUGUUUCUGGAGCUUUGGACUUAGGCGAACUGCCUUCUGGAACUCUAGGAAGUGGACACACUCCAGAAACAAGUGGCCUUCCCUCUGAAUUUAGUGGUAAAUAUUCAGGAGUGGACGUUGGAAGUGGUCCAUCCUCUGGCCUGCCUGACUUUAGUGGACUUCCAUCUGGAUUCCCAACUGUCUCCCUAGUGGAUACUACAUUGGUGGAAGUGGUGACAGCCAGCACUGCAGCUGAACUGGAAGGGAGAGGAACCAUUGACAUCAGCGGUGCUGGAGAAAUAUCUGGCCUGCCGUUCAGUGAAUGGGACAUUAGUGGAGGACCUAGUGGACUCCCUUCAGGAGCUGAACUCAGUGGCCAAACCUCUGGGACUCCUGACAUCAGUGGGGAGACAUCUGGACUCUCUGGUGUCAGUGGGCAGCCAUCAGGGUUUCCUGAUACCAGUGGGGAAACAUCUGGAGUACCUGAGCUUAGCGGACUACCCUCUGGACAGCCAGGUGUCAGUGGAGAAGCAUCUGGAGUUGUUUAUGGCAGUGGCCAACCAUUUGGCAUAACAGACCUGAGUGGAGAAACAUCUGGGAUCCCUGAUCUCAGUGGGCAACCAUCAGGGUUGCCAGGGUUGUUCAGUGGGGCAACUUCUGGAAUCCCUGACCUGGUUUCUAGUACCACAAGUGGCAGUGGUGAAUCUUCUGGCAUUACAUUUGUGGACACCAGUUUGGUCGAAGUGACCCCUACUACAUUUAAAGAAGAAGAAGGCUUAGGGUCUGUGGAACACAGUGGCUUCCCUUCUGGAGAGCCAGAUCUGUCCAGCACAUCUGGGAUAGUGGAGGUCAGUGGGCAAUCUUCUGGAACAAUUGAUUUCAGUGGGUUUACAUCCCAGGCUCCGGAAUUCAGUGGCCUACCCAGUGGAAGAGGUGAAGUCAGUGGAGAGUCCUCUGGAGCUGAGAUUAGGAGCAGCAUGCCCUCAGGAGCAUAUGAUAGCAGUGGACUUUCAUCUGGUUUCCCCACCAUCUCUCUUGUAGACAGAACUUUCGUGGAAUCUGUAACCCAGGCUCCAACAGCCCAAGAAGCAGGAGAAGGGCCUUCAGGUAUUUUGGAACUUAGUGGUGCCCAUUCUGGAGCACCAGACAUGUCUGGAGACCAUUCUGGACUUUUGGACCUAAGUGGGCUACAAUCCGGGCUGCUAGAGCCCAGUGGAGAACCACCAAGUACUCCAUAUUUUAGUGGGGACUUUGCCAGCACCACUGAUGUCAGUGGAGAAUCCUCUGUCACAGGCACCAGUGGAGAGGUCUCAGGACUUCCAGAAGUUACUUUGAUCACUUCUGAGUUUGUGGAGAGUGUUACUGAACCAACUCUUUCUCAGGAACUUGGCCAAAGACCCCCUGUGACAUACACACCCCAACUUUUCGAAUCCAGUGGAGAAGCCUCUGCAUCUGGGGACAUUAGUGGAGUUGGACCAAUGCUCCCUGGGUCUGGGGUAGAGGCAUCAUCAGUCCCAGAAUCCAGCAGUGAGACAUCUGCUUAUCCUGAGCCUGGGGUGGGGGUAUCUGCUGCCCCUGCGGCCAGUGCAGAAGCUUCUGAGUCCCCAGAUCUGAGUGGAACCACCUCUGCAUUCCAUGAAGCUGAUCUUGAGAGAGCCUCAGGCGGGGAAGAGAGUGGCAGCACCUUGACUUUUCAGGAGGCCCCCCAUGAGGGGUCAGCUGCCACAGAAGUGAGUGGAGAAUCGACCACCAGCUAUGAUGCAGGCACAGAGGUAUCGGGCUUUUCUUCAGUCGCUCCGACAUCUUCUGGAGACAGGACUGAAAUAAGUGGAGACCUGUCUGGUCACACCUCAGGGCUGGAUGUUGUCAUCAGCACCAGUGUCCCAGAGUUUGAGUGGCCUCAGCAGAGCCAGCGCCCUGCAGAGGCGCAUUUAGAAAUUGAGUCCUCAAGCCCCUUGUACUCAGGAGAAGACACCCAAACAGUGGAAACAGCCACCUUCCCAACAGAUGCUUCUAUCCCAACUUCUCUAGAAGGGACAGGUGAAUCAGAGCCCACUGUUGCAGCCCCUGCCAGGUCCUGUGACAAGGAGCUCUGUGGUGCUGGGACCUGCCAGGAAAAAGAGGGAUAUGUCACAUGCCUGUGCCCCCCUGGCUAUACUGGCAAGCACUGCGACAUAGACCAGGAGGUAUGUGAGGAGGGCUGGACCAAGUUCCAGGGCUACUGUUACCGCCACUUCCCCGACCGUGAGACUUGGGUGGAUGCCGAGAGCCAGUGUCGAAAGCAUCAGUCACACCUGAGCAGUAUUGUCACCCCUGAGGAACAAGAAUUUGUCAACAACAAUGCUCAAGAUUACCAGUGGAUCGGCCUGAAUGACAGGACCAUCGAAGGGGACUUCCGCUGGUCAGAUGGACACUCCUUGCAAUUCGAGAACUGGCGUCCCAACCAACCAGACAACUUCUUUGCUACCGGAGAAGACUGUGUGGUGAUGAUCUGGCACGAGAAGGGCGAGUGGAAUGAUGUCCCCUGCAAUUACCACCUGCCCUUCACGUGUAAAAAGGGCACAGUGGCCUGUGGAGAGCCCCCCAUGGUGGAGCACGCCAGGACCUUCGGGCAGAAGAAGGACCGGUAUGAGAUCAAUUCACUGGUGCGGUACCAGUGCACUGAGGGGUUUGUCCAGCGCCACGUGCCCACCAUUCGGUGCCAGCCCAGUGGGCACUGGGAGGAGCCUCGGAUCACCUGCACAGAUCCCACCACCUACAAGCGCAGACUACAGAAGCGAAACUCACGGGCCCCACGGAGGAGCCGGUCCGGCACAGCCCACUGA